AUGACUACUCACAAUACAACCAUGGCCGAUUUUGAGCCAGUGCUGCCGACCUCACAAGAAGCGCAGCCGCUGCUGCACUCCGAGGAAGAGAUCCAGCUAGGUAUCGAUAUAACGAUCAUGUCGAAUGUCUUCCUCACCGCGUUCCAACCAUUAUACGGUCGCUUUUCCGAUAUUUUCGGUCAACGGACCUCUUUCUUCACGAUCACAGUUACAUUCAUGGCUGGCUGUCUGGGUUGUGGAGUUGCGAAGAAUGUGGUCUUCCUGGAUUUGAUGAGAGCACUUACCGGUAUCGGGGGAGGCGACUUGAUGGCAAUGGCCACUGUCAUCAGUUCGGAUCUCAUCCCUUUUCGUCGCCGACGAGGAUCCAUUGUUGACUCAAUUGGUUGGCGCUGGUGCUUGUUAAUGCAAGCACCACUUGCCCUCCUGGCGUUGCUCACCAGGCACCUUGUUCUCAAUCUGCCUGUCCAGAGCAGGUAUCUUGAAGAUGGACAAGGGCUCCGAGCGAUCUGGCGUCUCGUUGACAUCUCCGUGGCGUUUGCCCUCACACUGGGUCUUUCGACCCAGCUCGUGGGUCUGAGUCUAGGCGGCAAUGAACUUCCUUGGUUCAACGUGUGGGUAGUAAUGUCGUUACUGGCAAGUGUGGCCUUCUUCGCCAUGUUCGUUCUCAUUGAAGGGAGGACAAGAGCAGUUCCCUUGAUUCCACUACGGAUGUUAAAAGGUGUACUUCCUGUUACCACGCAGGUUGCUAAUGUCUGCGUCGGGAUGGCGGCCUACACUUUGAGCACCUUGAUAUCAGGGCAGUUCCUUUUCACGCUCUCUUUCCGGCGCACGGCUCGCAUUCCCUUUUUCGCGGCCCCAAUUGGCGGAAUUAUCUCCGGCUUUGUAAUAUCUCGCUGGGGUAAGCUGGCUUACCUUGUCCGAGCUGGUUCGCUGCUCAUGUGUAUCGCUAAUGCGUUGGUGAUACUCCUACAAUUCCAAGACGCGGAAUGGAAUCAUUUUACCUACUUGAUUCCGGCAAGUCUUAGACAGGGUAUUAUGUAUCCUGGGAUCUUGUUUACUUUUCUCGCCGCCUUUGAUCAUACAGGCCACGCCGUGUCUGCUUCCACUGUAUAUUUGGUCCGUUCAAUGGGAACCAACACACUGCGCUCGGGCCUCGAGGAGGCCUUGAGUAGAAUACCAGACAAAUGGAAAAUUAUCGAGGAAAUCCGUCACUCGGUAUCCGCAAUCCACAACCACCCGCCGGACAUCCAACUGGCUGCGCGAUUGGUCUACUUUCAGGGUAUCCAUCUGUCCUUCUUGGCGUCAGCCUGCUUUGGUCUUGUGGCAAAUAUUGCUGCACUAUUCACGAAAGGGAAGGGUCUUCAUCGCUCGCACGGCGCCUAG